UUAAUAUUUAAUGCUAAUAAAGCAAAUUCUGCAGUCUUUAAACCUUCUCGUUGGUUUGUGUGAAGCAAUUAAAUGUUUUUUGUUCGAGAAGUGUACCCAUAUAGAGAUAGGUUACUGACUCAGGCCUAUUUGUAUUGUUUUCAUAAAAACGAUAAACAAUAUGUCUUUUAACAAAAGUAAUUGCCAACAUGUUAAUUAAUACCUGCUGAUUUUGAAACGAAAUUGUUGCCUCACGUAACGAAAAGACCACGAGCCGCUACUGUUGUUGAUAGUAUGAUAUAAUGAUUAAAGAUUAGCGCGUUUCCUCUGAUAAAAAGAACCAGCCAUCUGGAGAAUAUCAGACGGUUCGCCGUAAUUUUCUCAAUUUUCCAUAAAUUAGUCGAAUUAGUACGAAUUUUAGUCAACUUUGUUUUUAUCGUGGACCGAUUUAUUUUUGUUUCUGUUACGCGAAGUAAAGAAGAUUUGUCGUAACAUGGAACAGUUCAGGACGGUGUUGGUUGUGGUGGUGGUUGGAGGAUUAGUCCGAAACCAGGCUAGCGUCGUGGGUAAUUCGAAUGCAACAGAAACCACAACCCAGGAGUGUGGCCUUUUAUCCAACCUCACCGUCACCCCCGAUUUCGACACCUUCAACAAUUACAUCAACUUGAAACUAUCAUGGAACGAAAUCGACAACAACAACAACACAGUGUCCAUCAGCAUCAUCCAGCAACCCGACUCUAAGUACAACUGUUUGGCAGAAAUGCACAUUUUUGACCACUCUUUACUCAAUAACAGCAUCUUGCAGUCGGAUAUGGUCACCUCACAAGGAGAAGUCAAUCCCGGUUGUUCCUACACGAUCUACAUAUUUUCAGAAUACGAAAAAGGGGAGCAAAUUAACUGUCAGUUUAAUUACACUUUGCCCGACUGCGUGGAAAGCAAGUGUGAUUGUGAUAAGUAUAAGCCGAAUCCAAAAAUUCUGGACCUGGAGCACAUUUCCGGAAACAAGUUUAAGAUUAAAUGGGAUCCUGGAGACACUACGACUGGUGGCGAUUUUUACGAGAUUAGGGAAAUGCGCUUUAGCUAUAAGGGGGAGUUCGAUUUGUACAGAGAAUCAGCAGAAAUUAUAGAAAGCGAUUUGGAAAAACACGUUUCUGAAAUUCAGAUGAAGUUGUUUAAAGGAGAAAAUUACACUCUGAUCGGGAAUUUCAGAAAUAAUUUUUCAUGUCGGGCGGAGAGUACGCGGUCUUUCACAGCACCCAUGGAAAGCCAAUUCAGCGUUAGUGUUAUAAUUUUCGCUUUAAUCGGAGUGAUUUUAAUAUUAGUGGUGAUUCUGAAGUUCCAGAAUAUGGUAAAAUAUAAAACCAAAGUUCUGAAUGUCAUAAUUCCAGGCAGAAGAAGAAACCAUCAAGAUCUGGUUGCAUUGCGGUCUGAACAACUUCCGAUGACCACUAAGUUCCAGUAUAUACCUGCUGAAAUUUCGGAAGGAGUGGUUGACGAAUACGAAUUCCCCAGCGACUGGAUUAUCAUCAAAGAAGUGAUAGGUAGCGGAGCUUUCGGACAAGUAUACUCUGCCAAAGCGAUAGGAAUCGGAAGCAUAGACGGAUUCAAAAUGGUCGCAGUGAAAACUUUGGGUGAAGGAGAAAACAUAACUCGAGAAGCUAUCAACGAUUUUAUAGCAGAAAUCGAGAUUUUUAAGACAAUUGGUAAACACCCGAAUAUAGUGGCUCUCCUGGGUUGUUGUACCGUGGACACCCCGUAUAUGAUGAUCAUGGAGUUUGUCCCUUGCGGCGACUUAAAAAAAUAUUUGUUAGAACUACGGGCACAGUGGCUCAAGAGAAAAAAUAUUUCCAUGAGUAGACAAAUUUUCUUUCCGGACAAUAGUGGGUCGUACAUAGAUCCGCCGUCACCCACCUCUUCAAAUUCCACGAAAACGGGCCGACUACCUUCAGUUUCUGAAAACGCAUGUUCUAGUCCCGACGUUCCCAUGACCCCUCUCCUCGCCCACUACGCUAACGCCCUCAACAAAAUCCUCGACGACACAGAACUCCAAAACUUCGCUCUCCAAAUCGCCAAGGGCAUGUCCCAUCUGGAAAAAAUCGGCGUCACCCAUCGGAGUCUCGCCGCUCGAAACAUCCUUAUCAACGAAUACAAGAUCCUCAAAAUCUCCGGCUUCGGUCUAUCUCGUAGCGGCCCCUACAUCAACCACAAAACUAAGAAACUACCAUUACGUUGGAUGGCCAUCGAGGCCAUCGUGGAGCAAAAGUAUGACAGCAAGAGUGACGUGUGGUCAUUCGGGGUGGUGCUCUGGGAGAUCGGGACUCUGGGGGCCUUUCCUUACGAAAGCGUCCCGGAUUCCUUCCUCCAGCAGUUUUUACAAAUGGGGCGGCGCCUGGAGCGACCCGAGAUUUGUACCAACGAAUUGUAUGAGUUGAUGAGGUUGUGCUGGGCGCGGAAUCCCGAAGAUAGACCGACGUUUCGGGAGUUGGUGGAGGCGCUGGAUGUGAAGAAGAGGAGGGUUUACGUGAAUUUUAACCACUUGAAUCCGACGUAUGUUUUUCCUCCGAGCGAUUUCGAAAAUUUUGCGCAAAUUGGGGACAUUCACAUGCAGUGAAUGAACUCUAGUUUUCGGAAUAUACCACGUGUAAUAUGAUUAAUUUUUGUACUUACAUUAGGCUAGUUAAAUUAAACCGGUAUUAUUUUGUAA